AUGGCUGAUUUGAGUGAUGAAACUAACACUUAUACACGAAAGCCGCUGCUAAGACAGCUCCUCAUCAGUACUGGACCAUGGAACUGCUAUUUUAUGUUCGGCCUCUGCGUUGGAUCACCGACCGUGAUGAUUCCGCAGAUACGAAAAGACAUCAAUUCCACUAUUGUCAUUAAUGAGGAUAUGGCUUCGUGGAUACCGGCCAUCCACAGCUACAGCGCUCUCCCGUGGGUUUUCAUAUUGCCAUCGUUGAUCAGGAUCUUCGGCCGCAAGAAGUCCUACAUCUUAGUCUGCAUCUUCGCCUGCAUCGGCUUCCUCACACACUACUGUAGUAAAACUAUCAUUCACAUAAUCAUAAGCGAAGUGUUAAAAGGAGUACUUACAGCUUCACAUUUCACAGUGUCCGUAGUCAUAGUAACUGAGUACACAUCUCCGAGAUACAGAGGGGUAUUCUUAACGCUAAAAUCAGCUUCUUUCUUUUGGGGUAUUCUAGUAGCUAAUGCUAUAGGAACUUUUUUCCAUUGGCGAAACAUAGCGGUGCUUGGAAUAAUCUGUUCAGCAUACAAUUUAUUCACCGUUAUAGUGUGGCCAGAAUCUCCUCUUUGGUUAGCUGAUAAAGGAAGAUGCCACGACUGUAUAUCAGCACACAGAUGGUUGAAGGGUAGCGACCUUAUUUCAGAGAAAGAACUCAAAAGACUGACAAGCUUAUGUUCGGAAAUUAAGCAAGAUAAAGGCAAGAUAAAUGUGAAAAAGAACUUUCAAGAUUUCUUUAAAAUGUUAAACGAUAGAGAGUUCUACAAACCGGUUUUAUUUACGAUUUUGUUAAUCGGUUUAUACAUAUUCUCAGGUAAAUUAAUAUGUACAGUUUACUCGUUAGAGAUAUUAAAGAGAAUCACAAACGACGAAAACGUAGCUUACAAAGGUAUGCUGAUAUUGGAUACUGUAACCGUUCUAAGUGUCUACGUUGGCUGUUUUAUAACGAAAUUAUUUAAAAGACGUUCCGUAUUAUUAGCCACUUCUAGUGUAGCAGUAAUAUUUUUGUUUUCUAUUUCAUUAUAUUUAUAUUUAAUCAAAUUAAAAUUUAUAUUAGAUAGCGUUUAUAUAUCUAUUACAUUGUUAACUGGGUUUACGAUUGCCAUUUCAUCUGGCCCUAUGAUAUUGUCUCUAGCGAUAUCGGGAGAAUUGAUUUCGUUAAGAUUUCGUAGCUUUUCACUGUGCGUUACAGUUUUAAUAUUCAAAUCGUUGAAUGGUACAGUUAUGAAAUUUUCACCAUUUACCUUUCGUUAUUUUGGACUGCACGGCGUGUUCUUUAUUUACGGCUCAUUCUCGUUAACUUUCUUAUUUUUAUUGUACCUAUAUCUACCAGAAACUAAGGACAGAUCGUUGCAAGAAAUAGCCGAUUCGAUGAAUGAAAAAAAACGAAAUGUAGCCGAAGAGACAAAAAUGAUUACUAAUGAUGAAAAAAUAAUUACGUAG